GUGUGAUGGAAUGCACAGUUAUGGCAAUUUAUUGUGUGCUCGCAUAAUAAUCCAACUCUCAAAAGAAAGGGAGAGAUGACCAAAGACCGGACACACUAUCCAAGUAGGAUGUAAAACAGUAGAGAAUUGAAAAAUAGGCUACGGACAUUAGUUGUAAAGGCUUAUUGUCUGCAACAUCCCAAAUUUUAAACUAAUUCCAUUAUCUUGCCAGCCUAUUGUUGAAUACAAUAGGUUUUAACUGUGCACUGCUACAGGUGACCUUUAUCAGCAUGACUCAUUUAUAUCUUUUUGUGUGAUGGGGAUACACAUUAUCGCCAAAAUCACAGAUUGAAGAAACAUGACCAAUCAUUUGGCAGGUAAUUUAUUUAUUUAUUUUUUUAAUCUAAACCAGCUCAUUUUGGCUUGCUAGCUUUCAUCACAGCAGAAGAGGAGGGAAAUCAGGUUGUUUGUGUUUUUUUUUUGUUUUUUUUUUUCCUAAAUUUAAAAAAAUUAAUUUGAGAUCAGCAUGACUUUAGAAAUCAAGCUUGUAGUUAUUGUGUGUGUGUGUGUGUGGUGGAGGGGACAAUACUUUGCCUGAUGGCCCCAGUUGUUUUUCCUCCUUUCCUGGAGUCUCUCAGGUGAGUCCCGCCUCCCUCCACACAGCUGAUUGGAUCGCAAGACUCAUCCUCUGCUUUCAUUGGCUGUGUUGUGCGUCGAACCGUCGCCUCCAGGUAGCAGGUCCAUACUUGAGCUCAGGUAAAAACUACCUGUGAGACAGAAGAGAAGAGAGGGGAGGGCUGUGGAAUUUAUCCGUAGCUUUCAGCUCCAAUAAGGCGCAGUUAAGUGUAAUAACUCUCUUUGCAGUUAUAACCGAAAUUCACAAGAAGAUAUAUUUGUUUAAGUAAUAAUUUUAAUGGCAGCGAGUGUAGGACUGGCGAUGAAUCCGCCGCAUACGACAGAAGAAAGGGCGGUUUUCACGCAGCUGAAGCCAGUGAGGAUGUCGGCAGCGGACGGCGCUGAGGACGCGUCCGUGUUUGAAGACGUCAAACCCGGGACUCAACUAGAGUUGGACAAGUACCUCCCCCAGGUCAACAGUCCCCUCUUGAGUCUCUCGAACAACACUGGUGACAAGAAAUACAGACGAGAGAGCGCCUCCGUGGUCGACGAGUACUUCUCAGAGGACAAACCUACUGCCCCUUACAGCUUCAACAUCAAUGUCAUCCUUCCCAGCACCACUCACCUCCGCACAGGUCUCUACCGGCCCAACACCAAGACCCUCACACCACAGCAAAUCAAGACAGAGCCUGAGCUGGAGGUGCCCUGCUCCAUCCCUACUACCACCACCCAGGCCCUGCCAGACUUCACCUCUGUCUUCAGCAUGCCGCCUGUAGUCAACAACGUUUUCAUCAAACCAGACAUGAGCUCUGGAGGAGUGGUGAGUGUGCCCGCAGGGUCCCAGCAGCAGCAACAGCAGUCUAAUUUGGAAACAGAGCUUCACAUCGGACCCCCAGCCCCCCAGUCGCAGGUCUACCACAUGCCCGUCACCAGCUGUGCUGACCUCAACACGACUCUGUCCCACACCUGCUCGUCGGCACAUGGCUCCACCAGUGGCAGAACCAUGUUGAACCUCGGCAGCGUUGCAUUGCCGACAACCGACAGCAACUACAUGAUGGCAGAGCACCACCUGUCACAGCACCAUGGUUACUACCAGGCCUCUCCAACCAAUUCAUGCCAGCACACAGCGCCCCACAGCCUGCCACCCUCACCCCCAAACUCUCAGCCAGGGAGCCCAGAUGGUCAGGCAGAGCUGCUCAGCUUAGCGCCCCAACCUCCGCCUCCAUACCAGCAACGCCUGGGAGGGAUAAAGGUGAUGGGGUUGUCCCCACAUGCCAUGCUGAUGACACAUGGCCAGGGUGUCCUGACAGGUCCCAAAUACAACAGGCGGAACAACCCAGAGCUGGAGAAGAGGAGGAUCCACUUCUGUGACUACCCAGGCUGCACCAAAGUUUACACAAAGAGCUCUCAUCUGAAGGCACACCAAAGGACGCACACAGACAACCAAAUCACCAGAGGAGAAGUUACUAAGUUUUCAUGCAGCAGGUUCAGGGUGGCAGAGAGACGUGAAGCCUCCUAUAAAGUGAGAAGCCGUACCGUUGUACAUGGGAGAGCUGCGACUGGCGUUUCGCCCGAUCGGAUGAGCUUACCAGACACUACCGGAAACACACCGGAGCCAAACCCUUCAAGUGCAUCGCGUGCAGCCGCUGCUUCUCACGCUCCGACCACCUGGCCCUGCACAUGAAGCGUCACCAGAAUUAACACAGACAUACCUGUACAUACAAACACACACAUAAUCACACACAAAUAGAGCAGUAUCCAUACAUGACAGCCACCUGAACCUGAACAGCACUGAAGGAAUCAUGUACAGAUACAGUCCCAGAAUCAUCCCUGUGCACCUGUGUUUAUUCUGAUGCUCCAUGCCAACAUAGGUUGAGUGAUAGUAGGCAUCUAGCAGUAUCCAAAGUAGGACAACUGACCUUUUAGUAAUGAAAAAUGACCACCACAGACACUCCAACAAACACAGGUGUGGUGUUUGCAGGUGGGGAGCCAGUGAGGGAUCACAUCCUUGUUGCUACACCUGCUGGUUGGUCAGGGUUCCUGUUCAGUGGGAGAUGGAGUGAGCUCUCUUUACACUUUCUGAUCUCCUAGUGAAACUCCUCUCUGACAGGUGAAAAGAGACAGACUCCAGGUGUAUGAGAGGAGUCACCUGGUGGUUUACUCCUUCCACAGGUCAACAGCGAAUGCAGUUGACAGAGGGAAUUGGAAUGAAAAGAAUGCAAGAAAAAGAGAACUUGAAGGCAAGUUUUUGAUGAUCUGAAGAUUAACAUAUCUGUUGUAGGCAUUUCAGGCGAACUGGCCUUGUAUUCAUUAGCUGCUCAGUUAUCAGCUUCACUUCUUAUGGAGACAGGGAAAGUAGUUCCAGGCAGUUGCCAACAGAACUGUAAUGGCUAGCUCUAUAACAUGCAAAAUGUCUUGCUGUUUAGCUUUAGAGCUACUCAGUUCAAUUCAAUUCAAUUCAAUUGGGCUUUCUUGGCAUGGGAAACAGAUGUUAACAUUGCCAAAGCAUGUGUAAAAUAAAAACAUAAACAGAAGAAUUGUGAUAUUAAAAUAUGUACAGAUAAUUAAGACAUGAUGAUGAUGAUGAUAAUAAGAAUAAUUAAUAAUAAAUUCUAGACUUACAGUUAAAAUACAAAUACAAAAAGUGAAAACUAAACACUGCAACUUUUUUUUUUUUUUUUUUUUAGGAGUGUGUGUGUGUGUAGGUCAUUCACUGUCCCUCAGGUUGUGGAAUGUCUCCUUCUCCUAGUAGUAUUUUUAAUUUUGAGAGGUCAUUUAGCGCUUUGAAAUCUGAGACUACAGAGUUGAACUUUAGAAGUAAACGUUCCUAAUUUCAUUGAAUGAUGUACAUUGUAGGAGGAAGUGCAUCUUUGUCUCAGCCUCACCUGUCGCCACAUAUUCUACUCACCACAGUGUUUGCUGAGGUCUUAACACCAGUGCUAAUGAUCUACCAGGGACUCAGAGAUGAUUUUGGUGUCUGUCCUCAUCACUGAACAGAUUGGGUAUGUUGAAUUAAAACAUGCACUGGUCCAACUCAUAUAAACACGCAAUACAUACACAUGACAUGCAUUACUGAACUGUGGUGUCAGGCUCCUACGAAGCAUUUGGGACUCCCUCUGAUUACAUGCUGGAAACACUUUAUUCUUCUGUAAACAACAUGAACUAUUUGUUUUCCUACAAAACUGCUGCCAGCUUCAUCAUGAUCAUCACUGUCACCAUCUUUUAUCAUUUUGAGGUAUGAACUUUCAAUGAGGUGGAAACCUAUUUCCUGCCAUCCUGCCUUUGUAAAUACUUGUUUAUAUAUGUGUGCGUAUGUGUGUGUCUGAGAAUACAACGAAUGUAUUGAGAUUUAUACUUGACAACUUUUUUUUUUUUUUUUUUUUUUUACAUCAAAUGUUAAUAUGAGCAAUAUUCCAUGUUGAAACUUCUUUGCGAUAAUAAUCUCCCUUUAAGGGCCUAAAAAAAGACCAAACAAAUAAUCAACAGACAUAAUCAAAGAACUCUCCAUGGAAAAAUUAAUAAUCGCCUUGUUAUGCUUGUUUCAGCACAGGUACUACCUGUCGAGCUCAGAGAGCAGAGCAUUUGCCAAUGUUUGUAUCCAUGACAUUACCUGUUGCCACGGUGACAAAGCUCCUCACACGACAGUUUGCGGUUAGCGCUGUUUUUUCCCCCCUUUUUUCUCCUCUAUUUGUUCAACUCGAGAAAGACAGAGAUGGGUGGAUAAACCUGUUAUGUAAUAAUUCUUAAUGGAUUCAAUGUACAGUGGCUAAUUACAGUCAGCCCUGUUAACUGGAUGAACGGCAGGUUAGCGUAAUGCAUGACAUUAACUGUCAGUUGUUGCCCCUGCGUUCUUUUGUAAUUUUGAAUAAGUCUUGUCUGCCAACACAUGCACAUGCCCACAAAUUUUUGUGCAGUGGUGUAGCUUGUACAUUUGCCAACAACAGGAAUUACAAGAGGAGAAAAAUAUGUUGCGCAGUACAAAUGACGAGUUUGAUUUCAUGAACUGAAACAGCCGAUGUUACCAAGGAAUGGCUUGAGAAAUUAAAAAACAAAAAUACAGUUUUACUAAUCUUCUUUGUAGUUUAGAGAAAUUUGUACUACCUAACAAUCCUCGGCCACCUUUUCUCUUUCAGAGAUCAAUAACAUAUAGUCUACAAAAAUCCUGAACCUCAGAGCCGGUGAAAUACUUGAAUUAUGGUUUAACACUUGUUUGUGAACCAUUCAUUUUAUCAGUCAACUGAGACAAUCAAACAUAAACCACCAAUUGAGCCACGCCUACACCUAAUCUCACUUUAUUUUUAGAUUUCACUACAGACUGUAGACUGUGUAUAAGACUAGAUGUGUUGUCCCAGUGACACAUAGGUACUAUUAAGGAAUAGUUAGUUGUGUUGCAGGUCAUUUUUAAUGUCACAUCUAGAAUUUUUUAGUAGCUCCAAGAGACUUUAAAAACAAAAAAUGUUUCUUGACCUUUAACGUCAUGAAGCAUCUCAUGGAACUGGCCUGUAACUCACUCAAAUAUUCACUCAUUAACAUUUAUCAUGCUGCUUCUCCACGAAGGAGUGCUGUUCGGUCAUUGUCAGACCAGUUCCACACCUGCCGACCUGCGCCACCUAUAGGAAAGGAAUAUAACAAAAGCAGCACUAGACCUGCAGAUGGAGACAUGUUGAUAUAGCCUCCUGCAGGCAAUGAAAGUAAUAGCUUAUGCAGUUGCAAGACUUGCGCCACCUGCAGGAAAUAUAUGUUAAAGCUGAAUUGUUUUCUUUUGUGUGCGGUUUACAUUUAACAGAUUAAUUAAUAAAACAUUUGAAUUCACUAACCUCCAGUUGAACGUAAAUACAGUUCAGCUUGUGGCUGUGAAACACAAAAUAUUGGGAAUUUUUUUGAAAAUGAAUUCAUUGCUGAAAUCCAACAUUCUUUAACUUCAUGUAAAGUGAAGCUUUUUCAGGCAGCUGACCAUCCUUGCUUCUGCAUCCCUCUUGUCUAUCUUUCUUUGAAGCCUUAAAAUGUAAAAUAUUAAACCUCAAACACACUCGCACACUCACAAACUCCAGCUAAAAAAAUAUGAACAAAAACUGCAGUUGUAACACUCAUUUCCUGCAGGUGGCACACUGCGGUGUUAAAUUUGAAACGGCUACUUUCCUUACCGUCGACGACAUAGACCAGCAUGCCUACAUGUGCAGCUGCUGUUACUUUUCUUGCCUGUAGGUAGUGCAGGUUGGACUGGAACUGCAGAUCAGAAAUUUCUGGCUCUGGCACUCCGCAGCUGGAUGAUACUGGCCGGGUUGUUUACGAGCAGAUACUUAAACUUGGCAUUUCUUUAACUGCAACAGGUCAGUGAUGCCAGAACAUUUAGACAGUCAAAGGAAGAUUUUUUUAAGUCAGUUUGGUUGAAUUUAUUGUCAUUGCAUCCUGACCCCAUUUGUAGUGUGCUCAGGCUGUAGGCUCCACCCACCUGGUACUCCAUGGAAGUUGAAACAAGCGUGAAGCAUUGAUUGACCCAGGUCUGUCCAACUUGUGCUCAUUUAGGGGAAACGCAUCCUGUUAUUUCAACACUAUGAUUGUUUUUAUUUUUUUAAAGUUCUCCUGUCUCUCACGGAGGGAGUGCUGACCACCCACUGUGUACAUAACUGUAGUUUUAACAGAAGACUUUGUAAAUAUUUGUUUGGUUUUAUUUCUUAUUAUAAUAUUAAUAUUGUUUUUCUUUUUUAACUAAUGGGAUUUUAGAUCGGUUGUAUGUGAAUGCUUGUUUAAUUUAGUUUUGAUACUUCAUGUGUGUAAGAGAAUGUAUCAGUUUAUGUUCAAAUUGAUAAGAACAACAUUGGUGUAGUUUUUGUUUGUGUUCUGUUUGUGCAAGAUGCUGCAUUGAAAUAAAAGGAUUCAUAAAAUAAUA